CUUGAAUAAUACAGUUGGUACCUGUGCUAUAUUGUUGUACUCCUCCUAAAGUGAUUUUCCAUAAAUUUACCACCUCCAGUCGAAUAUCUGCUGUUUUCAGCUGCCUCUUCAGCACUUGAAACAGAGCUGAGACACGGGCCAGCAGGAUUUCCUCCAUCUGACAAAACAAUUAAUGUUUAUGAUUAUUAUUUCUUGCAGGAGGAGGGUGAGCUGAUCAUGGAGGGUUUACUCAACAUCUCCUGGGGCCUGAGGAGGCCAAUCCGACUUCAAAUGUACGAUGACAAGGAGCACUUUCACCAUGCCUGCACGGGUGCGUGGAGGUCCAAGGGCUCAGAGUCCAGCAGGAAUGAAAAUGCUGAACACCAGUUUUGUUCAGAGCACAACAACAACAAAAUCAGUGCCUCAUCUGCACAAAGUGUGGAUGGCGCUGAGGAGGUCGUCCCUCAACUGCUGAGAACAAGUAGUGACGCAAGCUUUGUGAAUAUCCAAAGAAGGUCCAAAAUCCACAACACUGCUGAUUCACAGAGGAUAAAAAGACACCGCUUCUCCAUCAACAACCAUUUUUACAACCACAGAGUAAUCUAAACACAGCCUUUGUGUUAAGUCAUUUUUACUUCAAUAUAUUA